AUGGCGCCAUCAGUCGCCGCUAUUGGGGACAGCGUCGUCGAACGCUUGGUCGCCAACGACCACGUACGAUGGUGGAACAAACCCAACCUUCGGCAACUGUACCUCCUUCUGGUACCAUUCUGUCUAUUCAUAGAAUCAACGUCCGGCUUCGAUUCGUCCAUGAUGAAUGGUAUGCAAGCACUCACGUACUGGAAAGAGUUCUUCAACCACCCGAAAGGUGGACAACUGGGUCUACUAGUCGCUUGCUACAACCUCGGAGCCAUCACUUCGAUCCCCUUCGUGUCUAUAGUAUCCGAUCGCUUGGGUCGCAGAAAGUCUAUUGUUUUCGGCUCGGUGGUUAUGGUUAUCGGUGCUAUCAUGCAAGGGCUCUCGCGAAAUUUGCCCAUGUUUGUAUUUUCCCGCAUCUUUCUUGGUCACGGUAUCGUAUAUGCCAUCAUCGGUGGAGCUGCGCUACUCGGAGAACUCGGCCAUCCGAAGGAGCGUGCCUUUCUCGGUAGUAUGUUCAAUGCCUUUUUUGGAGUUGGUGCUGUACUCGGUGCAGGCAUCGUCGUUCAGACACGUCUCAUUCAGAAUGACUGGAGUUGGCGUCUUCCAUCCAUUCUCCAAGCAGUGCCGUCUCUAAUCCAGAUUGGCUUCGCGCUCACUGUCCCUGAAAGUCCUCGGUGGCUCGUCUCCAAAGACCGAAGCGAAGAAGCUCUCCAGAUUCUAAUCAAGUACCACGCUGAGGGUGAUGCUGCCGCCGAGCUGCCGCACGUCGAACUUGCUGAGAUCCAAGCCGCGCUCAAAAUCGAAAACAACUCACGCGCCCGCGGUUGGGGAGAGCUCUUCCAAACCAAAGGCAUGCGCCACCGUUCCCUUGUCGCUGCUGCACUGGGGCUAUUUGUACAAUUCAGUGGCAAUAAUCUAAUUUCUCAAUACUUCGUUCCUAUUGCGGAAAAGAUUGGCAUUACGGACAGCUACCAACAGGUGCGGUACAACGUUGGCAAGGAGAGUUGGGGCUUCUUAGUCAGCUUGAUCAUGGCCAGUGUCUCGCCAAGAUUUCCACGGAGGAGGAUGUAUCUUCUUUGUGCGGCUUGUUUGCUUGCAGUGUAUACGGGGUGGACUGUUGCGCAAGCCCGCAAUCGCAUCACGGGAUCGAAAGAAUCGGGAUAUGUAGUGCUUGUUUUUAUAUUCUUGUACAGUCCGGCUUAUUGUAUUGCAUACAAUGCCUUGACGUAUACGUAUAUGGUCGAGAUCUUUCCGUACUACGUACGUACAAAGGGACUGUCGUGGUUCCAGCUUUUCAAUAGGACGGCUGUCAUGUUCGGCUCUUUCGUUAAUCCCAUUGGGCUAGAGAAUGCUGACUGGAAGUAUCUGCUCGUCUACGUCGUAUGGAUCUGCUUUGAGAUUGUGUUCAUCUACAUCUUCUUCCCUGAGACAUUUGGAAAAACCCUGGAAGAGCUGCACUUCUUAUUCGAAUCAGAAAAGGCCGACCGUGAUGCUCUGACCGCUGCGGCAAACAAGAUCAUCAAUGACCCCAGUAUUAUAGAGCUUCACGAAGCACCUGACAAAAAGGCCUAA